AAUGAAGAAAAACAGAUGAACAACUCAACCCCACCAUAUUUUACUCCUAUUAAAGUUUCAAAUACUCAUUCCUUUCUCCCAGAUGUCUGCUCCCAUUACCACUCUUUCUCCUUCUCCUUCUAUACUUUUGUUCCUUCUUUAUUCCUUCCAUUUCUAUGGCUUCCCUUCAAUCUUCUUCUCACAAUUUUCCCACUCAUUCCACUAUCUUUGGGUCUACUUUCAAAUCGAGGGAAAAUAAACUGACCCUUUUGAGAUUACCUACUUGUUUUCCCAAGGUUACUUCUGCUUUGAGACUAAAUGCUUCAAGGAUUUCUCCACAGCUGAUUACAGAGGCAGAGGACACCAUACGGACAAUGUCAGACGAAACUCCAAAAGGCCGUGAUCCAUUUAUUGACAUGAAACAACGAUUUUUAAGCUUCAAGAGAGAUAAAUACUUGGGAAAUGUAGAUCACUUUCAGAACCUUGCGGAGAAUCAGUUUCCCAAGUUUACUGUGAUUGCUUGUGCAGAUUCUAGAGUAUGCCCGUCCUACAUCCUUGGAUUUCAACCUGGGGAUGCUUUCACUGUUCGCAACGUAGCCAAUCUCGUGCCUCCAUUUGAGAGCGGGCCUACUGAGACCAAAGCAGCUCUUGAAUUUUCUGUUAACACUCUUGAGGUUGAGAAUAUUCUAGUUGUUGGUCAUAGUCGCUGUGGGGGCAUCCGUGCUCUCAUGAGUAUGCGCGAUGAAGAAGAAGAUUCAAGGAGCUUCAUUAGAAGUUGGGUUAUUUUUGGCAAGAAUGCAAGGCUUACUACCAAGUCUAUAGCUUCUGACCUCAAUUUUGAUCAACAAUGUCGACAUUGUGAGAAGGAAUCAAUCAACCAUUCACUAAAGAACUUGCUCACAUACCCUUGGAUCAGAGAAAGAGUUGCAAAAGGUAUACUUGCUCUCCAUGGAGGUUACUAUGAUUUCAUCGAUGGCACGUUUGAAAAGUGGACUCUUGAGUACAACCACGAGAUCGAUGAUGCUCAUACAUGCUCAAUUAAGUGUCGGGAAUUUUGGAGCUGAUUCGCACUUCAUUCCCCACUUGGCCGUUCUAAAUUCUUAUGUAUCCAUUCUUUGUAUUGUUGUGUUGUACUUCAAUUAGGCUUGUCUUUCAAAUGGUUUGUGAUUUUGGUUUUCAUAAAGGGGAAAAUGUGGUUUCAAAAUGGGAGAAAUUGGGCUCCCAUUUUGCUCUCUUCCUCUGUUAGAGUUCUCUCCCCUAAUAGCAUCCUUUCCCAAUUAUUUAAUUGCAAUAGAUAAAAUACAAGAUUCCAUCUAAUAUACAACCAUAAAUAUCAUUUUCCUUUUAAUUUUAAUUUUGUACGUUUUUAUGUAAUGUUUCUAUAUUUAAUUUCUCGGUACUUGAGUGAUUCAAA